CUGGGCUGCCGCCAGCGCGCAUGCGCAGUGCCGCUCUCCAUCACUUCCAACAUCCCAGUGUAGGAGAGGCAGCAAAGGCAGAGAACUACUGGGAACCGUGGGGAUACCACAACCAAGGAACUAACAUGUUGAAACCACCCUGCCUGGUGAUCUGAGGGACUCGAACCUACUGCGUGAAGGACAAAUGGUCGAAAAAAAGUUCACAGGGAAAAAUUCCUGAUUUUUCAGCCGGCAUCUGCCCGGGUGGGAUGGCUCUGUGUCAAGAGGCAGUAAUGGAGGACUAUACAGCAUUCAGCGCUGGAAUCAUGACGCAAAUAAAAGGGUAGGGUCACCUGUGAGCUCGCCUCCCCCUACCCAACCACCCGCCUCCCCCAAGUAGAGUCCUUCACCGAAGCCGCCCUGCCCACCUCUGCCACGGCGUUAGGAGACAAACAUGAUGUCUGUUGAAAAGACUUUGGUGGAUGUCUGAUAGAAGUACCUGUGAGGUGUCGUGUGCAAAUCCAGUGGAGCCAUGAAUGGCGGAAAGGACUGUGAAGCGGCAGAUGAGAGACCAACUGUCCCUGUCCAAGUCCCCAUUGGCUGGCAGCGCAAGUGGGAGCAUGGCGGUGGCGUCAUAUAUAUCAGUCCCAGUGGCUCAGUGCUGUCCAGUUUGGAGCAGGUGAAGACCUACCUUCUGACGGAUGGAACCUGCAAAUGUGGUCUGGAGUGUCCACUCGUCCUCCAAAAGGUGUUCAACUGACCGGGGGCAGUGGUCAAACAGAGGACAACAGAGGACGUAAAAGCAGACGAGGAUGUCACCAAACUCUGCAUUCACAAGAGGAAACUUCUGGCUGUGGCUACAUUGCACAAGAGCAUGGAGAGUCACCCGCCUCUCACGCUCACAAGUCCUGGUGGAGGUACGUCAUCUGUGGUCACGUCUCAUCCCACAUCUCAUCGAGCAAUAAGGACUAAACCCCACGAUGGCCUGGUCAAUGUUGCCGGUCCAGACUGCAAGAAUGCGUACAAGAUGAUGAUGGCAGCUGGUCCCCAACAUCAGCUGUAUCCACCCAAGGACAUAGGUGGAGGCCAGCAGUUGGAGCUCUGCUCUGGGUACCCCAGGCCACAGAGGCUGCCCAGCUGUGAGCCAGGCCCAAAAUCCCCUUACAGAGCUGGUUAUGGAGUCAUGUUGAGCCCACCUGUAUCUAGCACUAAGCUAUGUGGAGAUGGCUCACAUUCGCCCUGUACAGAAACAUUGUCCAGCCCAGAGGGCUAUCCAAGAUCUAAUCCUUGUGGAUUUUCUGGAGCUGGCAGUCCCAGCUCAGCUUCCAUUUAUGGAAACUCCAGGACUCCUCUUUCUCCACCUAGCAUGAUGCUCCAUGGCUCCCCUGCGAGUCAAGCAUCCUGUGCCAUGACAGGAAGGACUAGCACACCACUCUCACCCACAGUCACUGCCAAAAGCCCUGUCAUGAAUAUGAACAUGUCACGUGGUAACUUCCCCUCUGGUAUGGAUAUGCCUAAUGCUGCGUUCCUCCAUAAAGUACAGCCUUCUGUCCAUCCUGUACCACCACCUCCGUCUGUGCCACCACCAUGUGUCCUGCAAAAAAGACAGUUAACAUCUGAAAAAGACCCGUUAGGUAUACUGGACCCCAUCCCUAGCAAGCCGGUCAGCCAGCCCCCAACCAACACCCCAAAUUUCCAACCUAACAUCCACACUCAGGUAUCCAUGAUGAAUGUAAACAUACCCCCUCCUGCCAUUGUCCCCUUGCCAAGCAACUUACCUUUGCCCACAGUAAAGCCUGGGCCGGUAGGCCAUGGUGGCCACAUACAAAGGACUCAGCAGAGCGGUCCAACUUUGUCUAUAUCACCAUCCCCAGUCACAUCCCCUGUUCACAUGGCAGGGUCCACUCUUAGUCGGGUGGAAGCAUCCCCCCAUCGCUCACGCUCCUCUUCCACCUCUUCUGAACAUGGAAACUUUGCAAUGCCAUCAGGGCAUCAGGCUCCUAGUGGCAACAUGAAGGUUCCCCCUCGAUCCCCCAGAUCUGCAAUGGGUUCUCCCAGGCCAGCUAUGCCAUCCAGCCCCUCCACUAUCAAAAAUGACUCACUCCACCAAUACAGAGACCCCCAGCUGCUUUCUGGAAUGGGAAACUCAGUUGGUACCCAGCAGCAAAACUCUACAUACUCUCCGAACUCAUCUUCCUCUUCCUCUUUGCCCACCCCUAGCGCUUCCCAGAAGGGCCACCCAGGACUCCUCGGAAUGCCUCUAAACCAGAUUCUAAACCAACAGAACGCUGCCUCCUUCCCAGCCAGCAGUCUCUUGUCAGCAGCAGCCAAAGCACAGCUAGCAAAUCAAAACAAACACAGCACUGCUAGUGUGGCUGCUGCUGUUGGUAUGCUAGGUGGAGAAACAGGUGGUGGAGGUAACGGAGGGGGUGGCGUGCAUCCUGGCUCAAUCAGCGGCCCUUGUGGCAUGGAUGGACAUAGCACUUCAAAUCCCAUGCUCCCACCAAACUCCACCAUGCUAUUGAGCUGCCCUGAGGGUCAGAGUGGUCGAGCAGCACUAAGAGACAAGCUGAUGGCCCAGCAGAGGGACCCCAUACGCAAAAGAAAGCAGUCAUCGGGUAGUACAUCUGUUGGCCAUGAUAGCAGCAACAACAACAACAUGGUUUAUAACAUGCUGAACAAACCUAACAUGGCAGGAUCUCACUUGCCAGCUCCCAGUGCAGAGCAGAUGCGAAAGGUUGUCCGUCUAGGAAACCUUCCGCCAAACACCUCCAUGGCCCAGCUCCUCCAGUCCAUGAGCAGCCAGAGUUCCCACAACAUGGCUGGUAACAACCACCCUCCUGGCCUCAGCUCAGGACCUUCUCCUUUAGGAGCUACGCAGCUCCAUUACAGUGAGUCCACAUCCAAGGUCCCCUGCAGCCCCCAGCAGAACUUUAUUGGCCAGCAGAGGCUUCGAGUCCCAGCAGAAGUCAUGCAGCACUGUCAUAACGUGGAUGCUCCUGGAGGUCACCUAGGCUCUCGGCUAGGCCAUUUCCCUGACAUGAUGGCCCAGAUUCAGGCUACAGGCUGUGCGCCUGUGGUUACAGGCAGUGGACUUGUUGGUCCCAAUGGCAUGCCACAUGGACGCCCCAACACUAAUCCCCCACCACUAUCUCAUACUGGGCCUCACCCCUCGCAGCAUAAUCUCCAUCAUGUUGGAGGGCGUGCUAACAUGGUGCUGAUGCCGAGUGGAGAUGGAAGCUAUACAAAGAACAUUUCUGACACAGGAAACCCUUCUAUUGGCCUCAGUGUCGGCAGCAUGCAGUCUCACAUCAAUACUGGUGGACGACAGAUGUACCAGAAGCAGCUUCACCAGGUCAUGCAGCAGGGUGGGGCCUCCCAUGGGACCUCCCACCCAGCCUACCAGGGCCAGCAGCACUUUUCUGAAGCCCCACUUUAUGCAGACAACAGCCACGCCAAUGUUGACUCAAUGGUCUGCCACUACCAGAAUUACCAGCAAGGGAUGGUGCCGCAUCCUCAGUUUAGCGAGGGGCAACCACGCCAGGGCGAAGGAUUACGAACAGGAACACUCGGGUCUGACAGAGGACCCGGCAGAGGUCCGGAGUCUGUGGAUGCCAUCUAUAAAGCUGUAGUGGAUGCCGCCAGUAAAGGGAUGCACGUCACCAUCACCACCACAGUAAGUGGGACCACACAGUCGAGCCCCGUGCCUGCCCUCAGCGCCAUGAGUGCCUUCACUGCCUCCAUUGGGGAGCCUGUCAAUCUCCCCCAGGUGGUCAGUGCAGUUCUGCAUGGGGAAGGGGACAUUUUACCUCAACAAGCCAGAACAAGGCACGUGCGGCCAGUUGGAGGCCAGAAGAAUAUGGAUCUCGGGAAGAGAACGCCAGACGGCCCGGAUGCCAAGGACUACUUCCGGUCCCAUGGCUGUGGAACUCCCAGAGUGCAGUGGGAGGGGGAAAUUCAUCAUGGUGGCAGCUUCGACACACACAGCAACAACAGCGUCUGGGGUAGUGAGGAGUUCUUGGAGUGCUCCACCCAGGUGAGGAGUAGUCCCUGCAUGGAGCGACCCACGAGCUUACCGCCCGGCCCACCCUGCCCUAUUGAUGGCUCCAUUGACCACAAUGUGGCCUUGGGUCACGGCAAGACCUUUCUCGACGAUAAUUACCGCUUUAACAACUGCAACCGGACACACAGCAACUACAAGGAGCGUCUUGAGCAGACAGUGGAGCGUUGUGUUCAAAUUAAUGGCACAACCUCGCUCUUCAACACCCGGGGUUACGGAGAAGUUUUCGGACCGCCUCGACAGGAACUUACAGGUGAUGACCAGUCUCCCAGCUCGUCCACGAGCUUGGAAGGACCUCUAGCCAGCGCCAAAGACUACAGCCACUACAACGGCCAGUUCAACGGGAUGGCGCCCAGCCCCUCGGACACCAAGAGCCUGAGUAGCGAGGAAGACCUGCGGCAGCCAGACUCACCUUCCUCAGAGCUGCUUCACUACCGGUCCAGAACCUUCAAUAUGGGAGAACUGGUGUGGGGCCAGUUGAAAGGCUUCCCACCCUGGCCAGCCAAGCUGGCAGGGGAUGAACAGAUGCACAACGCUGCCAUGCAACUGCGGGAGCAGGCCAAGAUGGAGCCGGAGAAGCUAAAAACUUUAACACAUGAUUUGGAGGCCCUCGACCGAGCAGCCAAAAGGGGCCUAAAGCCGGGGAAACUGAAUAAUCACUUGGAAGCUGCUAUCCACGAGGCCAUGAGUGAGCUGGAUAAGAUGUCGACUAUCCCGCCAAGAGAUAGGCCAAUGAAGGCGCCUAAGCCCAAGAGGAGGAAGAUCUCCAGAUAACAAUGAUUGUGUUGUGGUCCUCAAAACCUCCGGAGGUGCCUCGCUGACGUCUGAGCUGUCCCAGGGUGCUACACAUGGACGCCGCGUGUUCCCUCGCCACUCCAUGACAUCAUCGACUUGACUCACGGACUUAAGGUGCUGGAACUUCCAAUCACCGGUGCAGUUUUAGCUGUAGAAAGUCAACAAAUUGAGAGAACCAUCGUGAAAAGGUUGCAAUUUAUCGACAGCUCACUGAACUAUUUUUUUUUAGUAUAAGAUAGUAAAAACACAAAAAAAACCUGAGCAUUACCUUACAUAUUUAAGAAAAAUAGACAGUCCAAAUAUUUCUGAUACAUUUUCAUUAUGUAAAUAGGUAAUCCUGAAAUGUAAAAUUAUGAAGAAAUGUAUGUAAAUAUUGUAAAUGUAAUGUACAAGCGUACUUAAUGCACAUUUUAUCUUUUGUUGUACAAAAACAAAGCAGAAGUGUACCAAUGUCUUGGUUUCUAUUCAGACGUGCGAUUGCGUAGGACCGCACGUGAGCGACAAAUACUGAAAAACGGCUUUUAUAUGACAAACAGUAAGACGGUUGCUUUGAGUUUGUUUUUGUACACGUGCAGCGGAAAAAACGUUCUCAGUUACUUCUUACCAGAAAGUGUUCAUUGGAAGAAAAAAAAAGACAGAAUGAACUUUACCAGCAGAGAGUGUUCAUGUUGGUAAAUCUUCACCGCAGAGCAUAUAAUUGCCAUCGUCAUUGUGAUGACAUUGAUUUGUUUUGCAUUUUGGGUUUGUUUUUUUUUUGUUCGGUUUGGUUGAAUACCACAAAUUGUUAGAAGAACCCAAGCCGGGAAAAGCUUGGCAGGUUGUGUGUGGAUUGUUCCAUCCUUUAGAGCCUUUGUCAGACCCUCCAGGAUUUUGUGACGUUGCAAUCGUGCCAAUUCAACCAAUCCCCUCUAAUAAAUCGCAGCCUCUCAAAUUUGUCAAAUUCCCGCAAUUUCUCUGCACAUUUUGACUAAUCGAGCGAUCAAAAAACUUAAAAGCGAUUGCCCCGCACUGCAAAAAGUCAGUGUUCAAAAACAAGAAAAAACCAAACAAAAAUUAGGGGUAUUUUACUUGAACUAAGCAAAAUUAUCUGCCAAUAGAACAAGAAUAUUUGGCUUCUCAAGACUUUCCAAAACAAGUAAAAUUAGCUAACCUCAAUGAACCCAAAAAUACCUUAAAAUAAGUAUAUUC